UUUCUAAUAUUAAAUCCUUGAAAGUAAGUGUUUCGUUUUCCACUUCGUUAUGCAAGUGACAGCAUAAAUAGUGUUCGUAAAAUCUUUCCGUUUGUAUUGUUUGCCAUAUAAGUGCAGCUGCAAAAAUGUCGGACGAAUUUGUGGUGAAUGUACCGUACCACUGAAUGGAGAGGGCUGCAGUAUGUGUUAAAAUGUGGCUAGUCUCUUUUGAGUAAAUUCGCGGAAACCGCAACCUUGUGUUAUCUUUUUCGUAAGGUACAGAAAUCUUGGAGUUUGGUUUAUAUUAAAUUCAGAGGUACAAGGAGGCAAAGGCCCAUGUAUGGGAUUAUGUGAGAUUCACCACCAUUCCAUACAUGUGUGUACACACAGACUGAAGUACUAUUCUAAAAAAGAGAAGAAAAGCGAAGUCUUCCCAUGCUGCUGUUUUGCUCAGUUGGGAAUUGCUUUAGCGUGGAAGUCAGCACUGUGAAAACACUGUAAUAUAGACCUUUUGAGCACAGUCUGUAAUUGUCAUUUGUGCUACCUUAACAAUGGCAGUUGCGAUCACUCUCCUUGACUGUGACCUUAUGUUGUUUGGCCGUGGACAUAGGACUCUGGAUAGAUUUAAACUGAAUGAUGUAACUGACGAUUACUUGAUAUCUGUGUUUGGCUUUCCUAAACAGUUUAUUUACUACUUGGUAGAACUUCUGGGCCGAAGUUUAUGCCGUCCAACGCAAAGGUCUAGGGCUAUUUUGCCAGAGACACAAAUUCUGGCUGCUUUAGGAUUUUAUACUUCUGGAUCAUUCCAGAAUCUAGUUGGAAGUAUCAUUGGAAUCAGCCAGGCAUCCAUGAGCAGAUGUGUUGCAGAUGUUACAGAAGCACUGGUUGAAAGAGCUUCCCAAUUAAUUUGUUUCCCAUCGACAUUACCUGCCCAGCAAGAAAUUACUGAAGAGUUCUUUGGUGUAGCAAGAAUGCCUAAUGUGAUGGGAGUGGUAGGCUGCACCCAAGUGGCCAUCAAAGCCCCGAAUCCAGAUUUGUCAUAUGUUAACAAGAAAGGCUGCCACUCGAUCAGUUGUCAGCUAGUUUGUGAUGCCAAGGGACGGAUUCUGAGUGUAGAGUCACAUUUUCCAGGGAGCUUACAGAGUUCAGCUGUGUUUCAGCAAUCGGAUGUUAACAAACUCUUCCAUGAUGGAGUCUUGAAAGAUGGAUGGCUGCUCGGAAGUAGUGUUUACAGUCUCCGUAAAUGGUUGUUGACUCCCCUGCAAAUACUUGAAACACCAGCAGAUUAUCAGUACAACAUGGCACACACUGCAACAUACAGCAUUAUGGAACAGGUUUUGACAUCACUCCGUUCUCGUUUUCGUUGUCUGGAUGGCUCUAAGGGUACUUUACAGUAUACUCCAGAGAAAUGCGGUCAUAUUGUUGUGGCAUGCUGUGUACUCCAUAACAUUGCUUUACAGCGUGGGUUAGAACUUUGUACCCCUGAGGAGCUGGUGAAGCAGGAGCAACCAGAGGCAGAAGAGUAUGAACCAGUUGAUUCCAUUGAUACUGAGGCAUUUCACAUGCGACAAGAAUUCAUUCAGACUCACUUCAGCUGAAACGUGUUAAGUUAUGAAUGGCUUAAAGUCAUAAAUCACCAGAAUGUGUAAAUUUAGUUCAGAGUUUUAUUGAAAAUAUCCGUUAGUUCAGAGUUUCUGUAUGAAAAUAUCCUUGAAGGUUUUAAAAGACUUAAUGGUCCUGGUACUCAUCUUCAUUAGUGCAGCUGCAAGUAUAGUAUUUACAAGCUGGAGUAUUUUUGCUAAUAUUGCCUGUAUUCGCUGUACAAUGCUGAUAUGUGAAAUACUAUAAUUUUAAUUUUC